AUGGAUUAUCAAUUCCCACCAUCGUCCCCUGUCACUCACGACAGUGAGUCUAGAGCAGAUCCUUUCUCCAAGCCCAAAAGCCUUGGCUAUGAGUUGCCUCAGAGGGGAAGAUUUGAUUACCCUACGCCCAAUCCAUCCUCAACUGUGGGCAGAUCUUCCUCGCCAGCAAGAAAUACUGAUGAGAAGGAUCUUUCAUUUGAAAUUAAGCCUAAGACAACCGUCUCAAUCAAUCGUGAUUUCAAUAUUAUCAACCCAGAUUCACAGGUUUUAAGGGUGCCGCUAGUGCCAUCUAAGCCAAUUGUGUUUAUUGGUAGGAGUCUGAAGUCUUGUGAUUUCUUCUUUAAAACACUCGAUAAGGCCGUCUCGCGGACACAUAUCAAAAUCGAACACAACAAGGAGAAGAUAACUCUCCAGUGUUUGGGAUAUAACGGCUUUGGUAUGGUGUUGCCUCGCAUGUGCGAGGUGCGUAAGGUUGAUGGGAAGGAUCACCAUUAUAGUCUACUGGAAGCCAAGAAACCUUUGAAGUUGCAGAAUCUUUCGAAAACCAUCCACUUGGACUAUCAGCACACGGAAUUUCAUGUUAGCAGGGGCGAGACAGUCGAAUUGCCUUCAUUUUCUAAUGUCCUCGUUCAGAUACGGGAUAAGAUUGUGCUAGUAAACCCUGCUGAUUUUGAGGAGGACUUAACUGACGAAGAGACCAUUGAAUUGGUUAAACCAGUGUCUAGUGAGAAGCAAAGCGAGGAAGUUGUUCAGAGUCGGCCACUCAAACUCAAUGAUGACCCCUCCCAUAAUCUAAGCUCCUCCUCCGCUGCUGCUGAUUUGUUCACCCCGAAUCAUAGUACUAAGUUCGAACCACAGACACCUCAAAAAUUCCCUUUCCGCAUAACGUCUGAAGAACCUACUCCGAUCAAGACAACUAAGCAAAAAACUCCUCAAUUCACGAUCCAUGAAGAUAAAUUAGAGGAGCUGACAGCACUUGCAGAAGAUCCUGAUCAGCAGUCUGAAUCAAGGCCAGAAAGAAAAGAGCCAGGCUCAGCUCAGGAAGGCUUUAAGAGAGCUACAACUCCCUUAACAGAGAAAACCAAUCACAUUACAAGAAGCCCGCUUAUUAAGCGUAGAGCGGUGAGUGAAGAACCUGUUAGCAUCAAAAAGCAAAGAAAGGAGCCCGCUAGAGACUCCGAGGGGAAACUCAUCAUCGACGGUGCUUGUAUUAAAGGCUUGAAGAAUGUUCGGGAAAUCAACAAUAUUCUCAUCAAUCACUUGGCAUUUUCGAGGCUUUCCUCUACUCCGGCAUCAUUCUUGAAUACGAUCCUGGCAGUAGUCUCAGAGCUCUCUCUAGAGCAGUUACGCACGGUGCUUCACAAUGUUGAAUGCAUCGGUGUCAUUUACCGACAAGGUAAGGAUGCCGCUGGUAAACCUCUUGAAGAGGAAUACUACUACAUCCCAGAGAAUGAUCAAGAUCCCGAGAGAACAAAAUUGGUAGGUUCAAUAAAGGGUCACGGUGGGUUGAGAGCAUGCAGAAGAAAGCAUAAGCAAUACUAUUGGAAAAAGCCUGCCCCCAUCAAAAAAUAG